AUAACGUCAUUUCCGUGCCGCCAUUUGUUGACCUCUAGUUAGAGAAUGGAAAACAAAGAGGAUAUUUUAGACGCUUUGAACGAAUUUGAGAAGAAACCAUGCACAGAAAUCCCUCCAUUAUUAGACCAGUAUCUGCAGCAAGUUGCAAAAACAGGCAAAACUUUAUUUCCAUGGCAUCAGCUGAAAAAGUUAUUUGUGGCAAAAGUUGAUCUAGUCAUGACACAGUUCAAGGAGACCAGUCCAACAGAUUUAUUGCAGACAACACCAAACAUAGAGCCAGUAAAAUAUGACGAAAUGAGAAAGAGAAUUCUGUCCUUAAUGGAUGAAUUUCAAGGGGCACCAUUUACUGUUCAGAGGCUUUGUGAAUUAAUCAAUGAACCAAAAAGACAUUAUAAAAGAUGUGACAAAUUUUUGAGAGGCAUUGAAAAGAAUGUGUCAGUGGUGACUACAAUAGAUCCAUUUGGAAGGAAAAUUGUUUCUGAGUCUCAGGCAAUGGUGAAUGGAUUAGAUUCCAAUGGCAUAAACGAAGCCUUUCCAAAACCUAGUCCAUUUUCAUCAUUUCCAACUCCAACACAGUCAGCUUGGCCAUCUUUUGUUGAUAAAUUGUUUGGUUCAAAUCAACCUAAACAAACGCAAUAUAAUAUUGACAAAGAGGAAGUGACAUCAGAAGGUAGUGUAGAUGAUGAACAUUUAACAGAACAGAUCCUGCCGGAAUCAAGCAAUGUAUAUGAAACUGAGACUUUAGGGACUGAGCCCAGUGAUGAGGAUACAAAUAAUGAAGAUGUAUUCACCAAGUCAACAAAUAGUCCAGUCCAGAAAGAAAGUUCAGAUUCAUCCCCAUCAUUGUCAGAAAGUGCUAAUUUGGAAGAAAAAUCUGCAGUGAUUGAUGAGGUCUCUGAAGUUGACCAAGAAGAAAGAAAAACAGAGGAAAGAGAUGGUGAACAACUGGAAUCAUCAGAUCAAGAUGAAGAAACAGAAAAAUUACCAGAUACCUUUGACAAAGCAGGAAAGACUGAAUCUUCACAAUGUAAUGAAGAUAGUGACAGUGCAAAAUCUCAAAAAGUAUUAGACAUUUGUGAAAAAGCACAAAAUAUUUUGGACAGUGUUAACAAAGCCUGUUCUGAGGCAGAAAAAACUGUCACAAUAGCCCAGCAAGUUUGUGAGUCGGACCAAAAAGAACAAUCAACUGACAGUGAUACAGAAAAUCCUGAAGCUCCAAUUUUGGAAAUUACAGAAAAACAAUCAAAUGAAAAAGAGGGAGAACAAAAACAAUCGACAUCAGAUCCUCUUUCAGAGUUCAAAGAAAGCAAUAGUUCAUUGACAGUGGAACAAACUCAGUCAGAUCUGCCGGUUGUAGAUCAAAAGUUACAAUUGGAAAUAUCAGAAAGGCAGCAACUACAAUCGUGUAAUGAAAGUGGAGAUUCAGUAAGUGAUUCUAAAAAAGCAAGAUUACAGCUAUCAGAAGCUUGUGAAUCUAUGGAUGUGGAUUCUAAUGAAUCUGUUGUAGAUAAUUCAAACAACGUUGCAACUUCUACCUUACCGUUAAAAGAAGCUACGAAUGAUGACGAAGAAAGAGUAAGGCUUGAAACUGAAGCUCAAAUAAAUAAAACAGAAGAUAUACCAAUGGAACAAGAUUAGACAAAAUUUUAACUUGAAUAAGUUUUCUCAGGACAGUGAUGGUUGUUUAUUUAUAUAUUUAUGUGUACUAUCUAUGAUGAAUUUAAAUGUUUUUAUGUAUGUACAUAUAUCUAUACAAAUAAAGAGUAUUUAGUAUU